ACAAUUUACAGUCUAAUCCACCGACGAUCUCACUGAUAAUCCAAAAUCAAAGUCCGAAAAUGAAGGCCAGGGCAGCAUCUGCUGCAUCAUCAACAGCAGUCCUCACUCCCCCUCUACUCACUUUCGAACACAAGAGGGAUGCGUAUGGUUUUGCCGUAAGACCACAGCAUGUGCAAAGAUACCGUGAAUAUGCUAAUAUAUACAAGGAGGAAGAGGAGGAAAGAUCAGAUAGGUGGAAGAACUUUCUGGAACUGCAUGUAGAGUCUGCACAGUUGCCUGUAAAUGGGUUUUCUUCAAAGGAAGAUGACAAGACAUUACCUGCCAAAGCUACUGAACAGGAAGCAAACCUUACUUCAGAGAAAGCCCUGGCAGGAGAUGAUUUAAGCGGAAAGAAACCAAUUUCUGAUGGUUUGACUGAAAACAUAAAAGAUAAGGAUGAUUUGCCAGCAGCAACAGUGACAAAAACUCAUAGAGUCCAACUAUGGUCUGAGAUUAGACCAUCUCUUUGUGUCAUCGAGGAUAUGAUGAGUAUUCGAGUGAAGAGGAGCAAUGAAGCAAAAGAUGAGCAAGAUAUUGGCAUAGGAAAGCCUCUUCCUCCUGUUGUAGAGGUUAUAUCUGCAAAAGGAGUGUCAGAAGAUGAGUCUGAUGAGGAGUUUUAUGAUGUGGAGAGGUCAGAUCCAAUUCAAGAUGUCUCUUCCAGUGACAAUGUGACUGUCCCUUCGCCUACCGCUGCCACUGUUAUGGCCCCCUCUGAGUCUUUAUUUCCCUGGAAAGAAGAGUUGGAGUCUCUUGUUCGUGGGGGAGUGCCAAUGGCUUUGAGGGGAGAGCUUUGGCAAGCAUUUGUGGGUGCGGGGGCUCGUAGGGUGGAGAAUUAUUAUCAAGAUUUGCUAGGUGAAGAAAAUUAUUCUAGUGACCGCAUGGAACAAAAAAGUUUGAAAUCGCACAACAGCAUUGAAGGGUCAAAUACAGAUUCUAUGUCUGUACCUGAGAAAUGGAAAGGGCAGAUUGAGAAGGACUUGCCUCGAACUUUCCCAGGUCAUCCUGCUUUGGAUGAGGGCGGUAGAAAUGCUUUGAGGCGUUUGCUUACAGCUUAUGCUCGACAUAACCCCUCUGUUGGGUACUGUCAGGCCAUGAAUUUCUUUGCAGGCUUGCUACUCCUUCUAAUGCCUGAGGAAAAUGCCUUUUGGACUUUGAUGGGCAUUCUUGAUGACUACUUUGAUGGCUAUUAUUCAGAGGAAAUGAUUGAGUCUCAGGUUGACCAACUUGUUUUCGAGGAGCUGGUGCGCGAGAGGUUUCCUAAAUUGGUCAAUCAUCUGGAUUACCUUGGAGUGCAGCUGGCAUGGGUUACUGGACCCUGGUUUCUCUCUAUUUUCAUGAAUAUGCUUCCAUGGGAAAGUGUUCUUCGAGUCUGGGAUGUGCUGCUUUUCGAAGGAAAUCGUGUGAUGCUAUUCAGAACUGCCCUUGCCUUGAUGGAGUUAUAUGGUCCUGCACUGGUUACAACCAAGGAUGCUGGGGAUGCAGUUACUUUGCUGCAGUCAUUGGCUGGCUCUACGUUUGAUAGCAGUCAACUUGUUUUAACAGCUAGCAUGGGUUAUCACAAUGUAAAUGAAGUUAGAUUACAAGAAUUGAGGAAUAAUCAUCGACCAGCCAUAAGAGCUUUAAUCGAGGAAAGGUCGAAAGGGCUUCGAGCUUUGAGGGAUUCCCAGGGUCUGGCAUCUAAGCUAUAUGGUUUCAAGCGUGAUCCUGGAACAAUAAUAGACACCAAUAAAUCAGACCAGUUAGCUGAUACCCAUACAAAUGGUGAUAUAUCUCAUGCUCAUUCUGGCUGUGAUAAUGUGGAUGGAUUCGUUAUGGGCAUGGCAGACGAUGUAGAUAUAGAUUCUGUCCCAGAUUUUCAAGAACAGGUGGUGUGGUUGAAGGUUGAAUUGUGCAAGUUGCUUGAGGAAAAGCGAUCUGCAGUUCUCAGAGCUGAGGAAUUGGAAACAGCUUUGAUGGAAAUGGUCAAGCAGGAUAAUCGGCGGCAACUGAGUGCCAAGGUUGAGCAAUUGGAGCAAGAGGUUGCUGAGCUUCGUCAGGCCUUUGCCGAUAAGCAGGAGCAAGAAAACGUCAUGCUUCAGGUUUUGAUGAGGGUAGAACAAGAACAAAAGGUAACGGAAGAUGCUCGCAGAUUUGCUGAGCAAGAUGCUGCAGCACAGAGAUAUGCUGCUCAGGUGCUUCAGGAAAAAUAUGAAGAGGUGUCUGCUACACUAUCUGAAAUGGAAAAGAGGGUGGUAAUGGCAGAGUCAAUGUUGGAAGCUACCUUGCAGUACCAAUCUGGACAAACUAAAGCACAGCCAUCUCCACGAUCUGUACAGUCAGAGCCUUCACCAGUGCAGAGCAAUCAAGAACCCACACAAGUUCUACCAAUGAGGACGAUCGGUUUGCUUUCUAGACCAUUUGGACUUGGUUGGCGUGACCGGAACAAGGAAAAGCAAAGUAAUGCCGAGGAGCCGACUGAUGCCAAGUCUAUUUCUAGUGACGUACAGAGUCAAAUUGCCCAACAGAAAGACACUAAUGGCCAUCAAGUAUAAAAAUGCAAAGGUUAAAAGUUGAUUCCCUUCUUUUCUCCCCGGAAUUCUUUCAUGAUGUUGGCUUUGGGAAAUAUCCUUCUGUAUCGAUUUAGUUUUGGGGGAGCAGCACAGAUUUUUAGUCUUCUUUUCUGUAAUAGAAUAUGAAAGCUCAUAUCAAGUUAUUGUUCAUUUGUUUAUUAUAAUAGUCAGAAUAAUAGCAUAGGUGAUAAGAGAAAAUAUAGAACAGAAGAGGAAAUGAGGAUUCAUCAUUCAUGGUUAUUAACUGUAUACUCAUUAACUUUAUCUUCUUGUGUUGCUUCAUCUUCCUUGAAAAGUUGUAUUUGGCCUUAA